GCUGGGUUUCAACGACGCACUAGGUGAGGAAUUAAAGCUAUAGACACCACAAGUGGUGACGUCUCAGAGUCUGUACUAGUUUUUACACGGUACUUGGUUCCACUGUGCAGUUUGAUAUUAAUAAGGGGAUCUUAGAUACAUGCAACUUAAAGAGAUGCAGGUGGCGGUGAUAUGACCAUCCAGGUCUCCGCUGUGAUCAUGGAGGGAAGAACCAGAGGCACGGGGAGCAGGCAGAAGCUGACGCUCUGCAGAGCCACGGAGGAGCCCAAAUACCUGGAGACGGAUGGCUGGGAGGGGAACUCAGACAGCAUGAAUCACCUGUCAGCCAGGUCUACAAGCGUCGUCAGAAACAAUGACGCCCCGGCUGUGAACAGAGACCUCAAGCCAGGCAGGAGGGACGCCUCGUUGGGUCAUAUGGAGGAAGUCAAGCACACGCUGCCUGAGGAGCAAAAGGAGCAGCUCAUAGAGGUUCCACAAAGGUCCUCUGGAUCCAUGCUACCCAAGGACCUGGUUCACCACAUCGCUGCACUGAAUCUUCACAGAGCCUCCAGGCGACGAUCAUCAAACGCACCAAGAGGGCUCCUUCACGGAGAUGAAUGGUAUUCCGGUGCGUGUGACAGAGCCGAGGCAGAGCAUGCCCUCCACCUCAUGAACAAGGAUGGGGCGUUUCUGGUGAGGGACUGCUCCGGGGGCACCCACAGUGCACCGUUUGUCCUGGCUGUGUACCAUGAGAAGAAAGUCUACAACAUCAAAAUACGGUUUAUUGAACACAAAAACAAGUACGCCCUGGGAACAGGAAAAAGGGAAAACGACAUGUUCGACACUGUUGAAGACAUCAUCAAAUUUCAUUCCACUUUCCCGAUAGUACUCAUCAACUUGACUACACGAACAACCCAAUCCCCACCCAACUGCAUCUUAACAAACCUGAUCACUAGAGAGGACAUCAACAGGCUACUUCAAUAGCACUGCCCUCUUGUGAUUUAUUUGUUCCUCACUAUUGAUGUAUCAAGACCAUAACUGUUGCAUUCCAUGUGCACCCUGUAUGAUUUCUGCUCAUGCAAUCUGUAAAUAACUUAUUACAAUUUCCUUACUUACAAGUCUUGUUCCCACCCGAUACGUUCCUUUCAUUUUUGUAAGGUUCAGUCCCACUAUUAUUUACUAUUUAGGUAGCCUCUUAUAUGUGAAAUAUGCUGAAUCAAAAUAAUAAAAUCAGACGUAUUUUGA